AUGGCGAGAGGAGGCACUAAGAUUCAAAACGAGAAGAUCGCGAACAAAAACUCACUCGCGACUUGUCGCACCAAACGCAGCUACGGUCUCUACAGCAAAGCGUCGCAGCUCUGUCUUCUCUCUGGUGCACAGAUUGCGAUUUUGGCGACUCCUUCUUCUGCCAACUCCAACGUCUCUUUCUACUCUUACGGCCACUCCUCCGUCGAUUCCGUCGUGUCUGCGUUUCUCACGGGACAACGUCCUGCUCCUGCUCCAGCGGAAAGCAAACAGUCGAGAGAGGACCUCGGAGUUUGUUUGGCUCGUAAGGAUCUCGGGUUAGGGUUAUGGUGGGAUGACAAGAGGCUUGACAGAUCCCAGAAUCCUGAAGAAAUCAAGGAGGCGAUUGGGUCAAUUUUGAGUCUGUUAAGCGAUGCCAAGAGAUUGCGUUCGGAUCACGCUUUCGUUAAUGAUGACCUGAAGAAUGACGGAGGCGUGAAGAAGAGGAAGAGCGAUGUUUUUUUACAACAUGGAAUUGAUCAAGAGGUUAAUCAAAUCCUAAGUCUUGAGUCAACUUCUGCAAUUUGUUGCAUUCCUGACUACUUACAGAACACAGAUACAGAGGUGAAUCAAACCCUAAAUCUUCAGUCGAAUCUCACAGUUCCUGAUGGUUGUCUCAAAACAGAUACAGAGAUCUUUGCGUUGGAUGAUGAUCUACCUGCAAAUCUGACCGAGUUUGUCAAAAGUACUCAAGAUCAGGAUCAGAUUCUUCCGAUAUCUAACAGUUGCUACAAUGAUUUACCUGCAGGAAACUUGACUGAUCAGCAAGAGAUGGAUCUUGUCAACAACAACACUGAAGAGAAGGAUCAGACACUGCUGGUUUCUGACAGUUUCGAUAAUGAUUUGCCUGCAGAAUACUUGGAUGACGAGGAGAUGAUGGAUCUUCUUGAAGGGUUGUUACCAGAUGAUGAUUUACCUGCAGGAAGCUUGAAUGAUGAUCAAGAGAUGGAUCUUGUCAACAACAACACUGAAGAGAAGGAUCAGACUCUGCUGGUCUGA